CUCGUUGGCGCACCAGGCAUCGCAGAUCCAGACGGUGGGGUUGCGGCCGAUCCAGAAGGUGAUGAGCGGGGCGUUGUAUUCUUUGGAGAGUUUCUCGAAGUAGAUCCAUGGUUUGCAGUCCGGGAGGAGAUGGGUGUUGCCGAUGAUGGGGAGAGGGAGUGGUCCAGGGGGCUGCCAGGCGUCAGCUCACUAGAACAUGGUGUAGUAGUUUGUAUGUAUACUGACCAUUUUAAAAUGCAGAUACAGCAUCCACGCAUAGUCGACCGCGAGCACGACCAGCCCUGCAACAACAACAGACAGGAUGAUAUUGCCCGUCCCGAACUGAGCAACUGCGCGUUGCAGCUGCAUCAGCGCGAGGACGUCUCCGAAUCUGUCGACCAGCAUUGUUGA